UUUUCUUAUAAGACGACGAUGUCAACAGCAGCAGCAGAACAGUCGACGUGACAUCUGUGCAGAGCGUAGACGGAAAAGCGACGACGCGGACGUUGUGUGUUGAAGUGUUUGUGUGUGUGUGCCAGGAUAUUCAUGCCAUUGUGAAACAGAAAUUAUCUUAGUGCUUUCAAUAACAAACGCGUUCCACAAGACAACGCAACUAAUCAACUUAUCGAGAGUGCUGCAGAAGCAACGACCAACAAAAUGCAAACAUUUACUAUUUAUACGCUACUGGGGAUGACCAUCGUCAUGACGGCGGCACAUGCCACCCCCACUCUGGGUGGCAGCGACAACUCGAUAAACAGCGAUUAUGGCCAUCGAAAUGAUGAGCAGAUAAUGAUCAAGUUGAACGAGAGAUGCAUUCAAAAUGACAAUCAUUCGUGCACGAUGCUCAAAACCAUUGUCUUUAUGGAUCGUCUGUUAAAGAAAUCCAACAUUGAUCUUAGCGAAAAUUUCAGAGUCUCACGCAAUAGAGAUAUUCCCGAUGUGCCAGACGAUCCUGAAGAUGAACUUUUGCUAGCACGUGCCAUGGAUUCGGAUGAGGAAUCUUACGGAUUACUUAUAGCCAAUAAAUUGUGGCGAUUUGUACGCUCUCGAUCGCUGCGCUAUAAAUUCUCAGAUAAUGCCGAUUUCGUCAUGAGCAGUGAGCCAAAAGGCAGCGUCAACAUUGGAUUCUCUGUGCGUCCAAUUGAGGCCCUGGAGGAGGGACGCGGCAAGAUGAAGAACAUGGGCCCACUGAUGAUGAUGAUGGCUGCAAAGACGGGAAUGGUGGGAGCCCUUUUGUUGAAAGGACUCUUUUUGCUGGCCGGUAAGGCUCUGAUUGUGUCGAAGAUUGCACUACUACUGGCCGUCAUCAUCUCGCUGAAGAAACUGCUGGCGCAGAAGAAGACAAUUGUGGAAGUUCCAUCGCAUCAUGAUAGCUAUAGCGCCGGCUGGUCACGUGCUUUGGAUGGAUUCGUCGAAGGGUUGGCCGAAGUGCCUGCCCACAUAUUAUCACAGGACGCGCAGGACAUGGCCUACAACGCUCAGCAGCCAACCAAGGUGCAAUAAAAGAUUGAACUCGAAAAUUGAAGAAGCUUCGUGCUUGACAAAUGUUGCAUUUAUUUAAUUGGGAACCUUGAGAUCCUCAAUUUAGUUAAGAUAAAUACUUUCUCUUUUCGCUACUCUCUUAUUCUUUGUUUCCCACGAUCUAACUCUCUCUUCUAUCUCUCUGAUUAUUUUAAUUGUUUCGUUUCACUAGAUCUCUAUUUCUCACAUUGUAACCACAUUGCGUAUACUUGAUUUUCACUUAAGCUUAAUUUCUGCUUCAUAUAAUUAUACUUUUAUUAAUUUUAUUUAUUUAUAUUAAUAUUUAUUACUUAUUUAUAUGAUAUGUUAAUUAUGUAUCCAUUACUUAAUAAAAACAUAACAAAGACAUACAA